AUGGGGGACUUUGAUGGUGAGCAAAAAGAAUUGAUCAAGAAAUUGGUAAACUUUCGCAUGAUCGAUGGUAAAAGAACGAGAGUUCGUGCUAUUGUUUAUAAAACUUUUCACCGCCUAGCUCGAACUGAACGCGAUGUAAUCAAACUUAUGGUUGACGCCGUAGAUAAUAUAAAGCCAAUAUGCGAAGUGGUCAAAGUAGGAGUCGCAGGUACUAUUUAUGAUGUUCCUGGGAUUGUAGCCAGGGAUCGUCAACAAACCUUAGCUAUUCGUUGGAUCCUUGGAGCAGCUUUCAAACGACGUAUAAGCUACAGGAUAAGCUUAGAGAAAUGUUCAUUUGCUGAGAUACUGGAUGCUUACCGAAAGAGGGGAAUUUCACGUAAGAGAAGGGAGAAUCUUCAUGGACUGGCUUCCACCAAUCGGAGUUUCGCGCAUUUCAGAUGGUGGUAA